UCAGCUUGCGCUGGGCGGCGGUGAUCGGAAGAUCGCCUGCGAAACGUUUACGACGACGGAAAACAACAGCCGGAGGCGGAGGAGAUAGAUCUGCCCGAAGUUCAGCCUGAUUUGCCGCCGGAAUCGUUUUGGCUGUCGAAGGAUGCGGAGUUCGAUUGGUUCGAUCGCAACGCGUUCUACGAACGGAAGGACUCGACGAAGGGGAACUCGAAUCCGACAAACUUGAAUCCGCAUUCGAACUCUUCGUCCCAGAGGUUUUCGAUGAACUUGAAGUCCAAAGCGUCGAUUAUUGGAUUACCGAAGACGCAGAAGACGAGUUACAUUGAUACUACGAAGUUGAGGAAGUACAAGCCUUCGAACAUUCGGCUUUUUCCGAAGCGGUCCGAGUCGGUUGGGAAAUCAGGAGUUCCGGUGACAGAACCGUCGUCGCCGAAGGUCUCGUGUAUGGGGAGGGUCAGAUCGAAGCGCGGCCGCCGGAAGUCGUCUGGAACUCCGUCCGCGGCGGAGGAGAAGGCUAGAAACGUUGAACAACGGAGGAGGACCGGGAUCUACGGCCGGUUUAUGGGGAUUUUCAGGGCUCGCCGGAGGACAAAACCGGCAUUUGAAACCACGCCACCGCCACCGGUGGAAUCACCUCCGCGGAGGAGCAUGACGGCUAAAGGUCGUGAUUUUCCGGCUAGCGGUGAGCCGCCCGGUUUGGGAGGGAUGACACGGUUGGCUUCGGGUCGGAGAUCGGCGUCGUCGUUGUGUGCGGAUGACAUCAUUUGAUCAGAGACUUUGAUAAUGACGUGGCGAAAUAUCACUUGUCCAGGAUCGAAGAUGGGCUCAUAGAAGAAUUGUAUCGCAGCGGUCGUUAUGGUGUGUGUGGCGCGUUUUUAUUUGACAAUUGGUUGUUGAAAAUUUGGGGGUUUGUUGACAUGACGUGGCACGUUCAAUAACGGCUUCAUCGUCUUGUUAAAACGUAAAAGCAACCGUUU